GAUACAGACAGAGUACAUAACAGAGUACAUACACUUGGGGAAAGGCAGAGAUACCUACGAUGUAGGCAAUCAGACCAUCGAAUAUAUCUCGAUAUUGCAUUGAGCAUAAUCAUUAUUCCUCACUCUGUUCAAUAUCAUUGUGUGAGCAGAAUCAAUCGAACAGUAAGGUUACAACUGCAAUACCAUUUUAAUAGCCUUGACCUACAGCCAAAGCACGAAAAUUCGCGAUCUCACGCGUUUAACACUGGCCGGUACGGCAGUUGAUUGAUAUUAAAUUUCUGUUUUAUUUUAUAUUCGAUCAUUCAACAACUGUAAACUCCAAAUUUGCUCCAGCUCUAGCAUUUUGCAAGUGUAUUUUUUGUAUGAAAGAUCGAUACUAUUUCUCAUUCCCCAAACAUCGGGUCUUCCGUUCUAUUCUUGCAUCAAAUCUGGGUUCGGUUCAGUACACUGCGUCCAAGAUGUCAUCAGAAGCAGAAGUCAUUAUAUGCUAUUGUCUUAAGUGUGGAUUUGAGGUUGGUAGCUUUGAUAAUUCCUGGGAAGGUCUUGGAAAGACUUAUUAUAUACCCAAAGUCAUACGCGAUGCCACAGGAUUAAAGGGCAUUGGUUCUAUCAAGCUAGCAGUUGGUCCAGCACAAGUUGGAACUAUCAUAGAAAAUAGUUCUCUUCAAGAUUUGGCCUGCGCAAAUUGCCGUCAAGUAUUUGGCCUGCUGUGCGAUGAUGCACCAGAGGGUCAUCUGUUAAAAAAGGGUCAAUUACUCAUAUGUGCCAAGAAGAUAUCAAUGAAAUUGCAACAAACAGGGGAAAAGGCAAUUUUAUCCGUCACAAAAACACAUGAUUUGAAGAAAUCCUCAAAUAACUUAAGCUCACAGUCCAGGCGACCGUCAUCAAUCCUGCCAAAGACUCCAGCCCCCGGCGAAAUAUCACGCCAAAGUAUUGAAAACCCUUCCACUCCAGCGGCAUUUUCACCAUCGAUACUUGGCGAUGCAAAAAUCAUGUUAACGAUUUGUGAGCAACGAAAAGAUAUUGAUCGAAUUGAUGCUGCUGUGGGUCGCCUCGAGAAUGACAUGCAGGACGUUAAGAUCUUCAUGCAAAAUAUGCGCCGUGAUAUGACCGCGAUUCAAAACGCUCGUUCUGUGGCUGCAAGUGUCGUCGAAACUCUCCAGCAUGAUCUCAUUCGGGUGACCGAGAAGGCUGAUGAAGUGAACAAUUUUCGUAAAGAACUUUAUUCUCUACGCACUCGGGUUGGGAAGAUGGAGAGCGCUUCUCGCAAAGCUUCAACCUCAGAUGCUCGAGUAAUAACCACUCCUGCACCUUCUGAUGAAUUACAAGAAGGACAAAUUCUGCCCAAAUUAAUAUCUAAUGAACGAUCCAGUCCACUUAAUAAUGCGAGAGAUCUCUCGAUGUUUGAAGGUAGCCGGUCCUUGCAUCGGAAGCGCCGGUACACUGAAGCCGAAUAUGAUCAAGUGGAUGUCCAGACUUCGAAGCUUCCUGAAUUUGGAAGAUACAAACGCAGAAAAGAAACGGAAGCUCAACAAGAUGAAGACACAAGAUCUCUCUCAAUACCUCCUACUCGAUCACCAAGUAAAGAGCCAGCCACUCCUUCCAAACCUCGUAUCGAAUCUCCUAUUCUUGGUCGUUACGAUACGAAUGGUGACGUCGAUUGUACUAAACAAGACGUUGAAAUUCAGUAUAUCGAGCAAGAUACUGAAAGGCAGAUUCCGGAAUCACCCUCUCAACAAAUUGAAACCGAAAUGAACACUUCCUGCGAAAGUGAUAAUAUUGACGAACAAAAUAUGCAGAUUAUGUCAAAAGCCACGGGAAUAGGUGGUUCUAAUAAACCUAAAAAUGAUGAAGAGCGCCGACAUCUACAGAACAACUCAAAGGCUACUCAAACAAACAAUCUUGUUGAAAACAGCAAUAAUGAGGAACAUCAGAAUCUGCUGCAUGUCUCACAAGCUACCUCAGAUACAUUCCCGGAGUCAUCUCAAGCAAUUUCUCCAGCAAACUCGAAUGAAGAUUCGUUUACGUCUCACUCAGAUCAACCCCAAAACCAUCAUCGAAGUCGAAAACAAAUCGAAAUUCCCAAUUCUUCUCAAUCAGAAUUCUCACAGAACACGCAAGAACAACAGCUUCCAUCUAAUUCCCGUCGAGGUCCUGGCCGUCCGAAAGGCACUCCAUAUAAGCAAAAUGGUUCCGCUGCUGAUACACCCAAAUCUGCCCGAGGUCCUGGCCGUCCUAAGACCGCCUCGAAAAAAGAAAAGCAGGCACCUCAAUCCAGUAUAGCUCAAUCUAAUCCACGCCGUGGCCGUCCUAAGGGAGCCCCCAGUAAAUCUCUCAUUACUUCCGGCACUCCCUCAAAUGGACUCAGUAGCGAAGAACCAUUUACACCAGGGCGAACAUUGCGGGGGCGUAUACUUCCUGUUCCAAAUUCAAGUCCAUUGAUCAGGGAAGUUGCGAGUAUACAAAGUAAUUUAGUGAUUGAUUUGACCUAUGGAAAGGAACGUGGGGGUUCCGAGCCUCCUGGAGGAAUUAAUGAGAGUCCGAUGCAAAACCUUCAAUCACAAAAGAAUCACGUCUCGGUACCCCUAAAUAUUGAGAAAGACAAUCCAUCUCACCCUGCAAAAAGACAACGAAGAAAUACUCGCAAUUCUCGUCAAAGACCUUCUGUUGACUUGGACAAAGCUCUCGCUGCCAGACUCGAAUCUGGGAAUGCCACAAGCGAUGAGGCAGUAGAGAGUGAUGAUAUGGAUAUCGGAAAAGAAAGUAAGGUGGGAUCGAGUUCGAGACGUUCAAAGGGGUUUAAGGGGUCUCCAGCGGAUGAUGACACCUAUAAGCUGACUCGUGGAGAGAAGUAUUAUGAUAAACUUAAAAGGAAGAGGGCGCAAAGUGAGCUUAGUAAAGUAGAGGAUCGAAAUGGAGGAAAGGGAAAUGAUAACCGAGAUGGGCAGGAUAAUGAACAGGAGAGAGAAGGAAAAAGAGGAAGAGAAAGGGAACGUCCAAAAGAACAAAAAAGAGAAAGGAGAAAAAGUACGCGAAGGAGAGAAGUAGAAAGGAGAGAGGAAUUGGUUAAGGAAGCGUUGGAGAGGGAAUAAUUUGAUUGGUGAAAUUAUCAAGGUCUCGGAAAAUCUGGAAGAUAAAGGGGAGUAUGAUACCUGGUGGCAGAAUAAACGUAGAAUAGGCAAUCUUACCUUCUCCCACCUGCAUAACUGUAAAACAAUCAAUCGAGUUUCA